CUUUUGUCUCCUGGUCUCCCAAAGAAAGAGUGACGACCAUGACGGCGACGCCUUCAAGACCGGUCGAAGCUGUGAUUCGGGACCGAGCAACGCUCAAGACCCUGUCGCUGCUCGCUCUCGAGCUUCGGCGGGGUACUGUGUCGGGCCCCGAGGAUGUGGCCGCUGCGACGGCACGCGCGCUGAGGUCCGUCGUCAGCGCCGCGAGAUUCGCGACGAUGGACGAGCUCGUCGACAUCAUCAGAGCCGCCGGCCGAUUUCUGCAGGAAUCGCAAGUCAGGGAGCAAACGGUUGGCAACAUUACAAGGAGGGUCCUUCACCUUCUGAGGGAGGAGGCGAGAGCGGCAGCACAGGAAGAUGGCGAGCCACAGUCAUCGUCAUUGUCUUCUUCUUUUGCAGACAUUAGAAAUCCAGCAGCAACACACGCUGCUCCCAGCAGCAGCAGCAGUGUCAGCGGCGUCGGCGCCAGUAGCAGCUCUACUGCUGCCAGCCGAUCACACUUGACCGAAAGCCGGUCAUCAACAAGACCAACUCUGAGCAGCUUCCGGCCUGGAUCGACUUUCUCCAUUUCGGACCUAGUCAAUGCUGGUGCCAAUGUUGCGAGUGGGACAGCGAGCAGCGCCCUACAGACGCCCAUGGGAAGCGGCGCCAGCACGCCAGCGUGGGCCAAUACGAGCAUUGAGGGGCUAGGGUAUGGCGUCGAGAGACUGCAUAUGUCGCAUUCUGGCGGUGCACUCCGCGAAGAGGACGAGGAUGCGGAUGAUGGAGAUGAAGACGAAGAGGACGAGGAGCUCGAUGGCGAAGAUGAAGAGACGGAGGGACAAGUGGAGAAAGACAACAAGCAGGCAGCCAAGAAGAGGAAGGGAGCCUAUCAUCUCAAACCACUGCUCAUCCAAGCCAUCCAAGAGCUCAUAGAUGAGCUCGAGACGGUCGAUGGAAACAUUGCCAAAGAUGCAAGAGAUCACGUUCACUCUGGCGAAGUCAUCUUCACCAUCGGCUACUCGCACACAGUCGAGACUUUCCUCAAGGCUGCUGCCAAAGACCGCAAGUUCACCGUCAUUGUCGCCGAGUCAGCGCCAGCCUUCUCGGGGCACAAGCUGGUGCGCGCCCUGUCGUCGUCUAAUGUCUCCACUUUGCUCGUGCCAGACUCGGCGACGUUUGCCGUCAUGCCACGCAUCUCCAAAGUCGUCCUCGGUGCCCACAGUAUUCUCGCAAACGGCGGUCUUCUGGCAUCUGCCGGCUCCCGCAUCGUCUUUGAGGCCGCAAAGGCCCACUCUACCCCAACGGUAGUCCUGGCUGGUGUCUACAAGGUCUGUCCCGAUUGGGCAUGGGUUGGGUUGGGGACCUCCCUUGUGCACAAGUCCACCAGCACAUCCUCCUGGACUUUCACUAGCGGCGCCAACAGCAACCAGGGGCCUCCAGCUCAAGUCCUUCCCUUUGAUGCAGAAAGCCAGGCUGCAGAAAAGGUAGAUGUCGUCAAUCCUCUUUGGGACUACGUCGACCCGGACCUCGUCGACUUGCUCAUCACAAAUGUGGGCGAACACCCGGUCAGUCUCGUCUAUAGACUUCUUGCAGAGAACUAUGACUCGCAGGACCUUGUGUUGUAGCACGAUCUUAGUAAUCAAAGCAUUGAAGACCAUAAGUCAGGCUCUUGCCCGUUCGGAUAAGGUCUCAAGGCCAGAGUCAGUCG